AUGAAGGACCUGGUUACAGUUUCUGCUCUGCAAAUGAAUCUGCAAAUGAAUAGACCCAGAAAGAUAGGACCUACUUCUUUCUUUCUUUCCAAAACGGCAGCCUCCAGUCAUGCACAAGUGUUUGAUCUGUGUCAAGAAAUGCUAAGAGAGAGCAAGCGUUUCAGCGCUCACAGUUACAGAACUGAAGCUAUCAGGAGGAUAAGGGAUGCUUUCAAAUAAAAUAAGAAUGUAAAAAAAAUCCUGUAGAAAUUCAUACUAGUGAAUAAAGACAAAAGAGACCUUGGAAUGAUUUGUGGACAGAUCCACAUUGGUCAACUCUAUUUGACUGCCAAGAUUAUAACUGAGAAGAGAAAUCCAAGACCUAAGGACCACCACCACCAGCCACCACCAGCAACCCUGGACCACCUUCAGCAUCCAUUGUAUUCUUGGGAUGGGAGAUCCCAACAUCAUGAGUGGCCUCUUGCAGUAGCUUAA